AUGUAUGAGACGUUCCGUCUCGCAAGAGCCUUCAAUCAAGACUUGUCAUCAUGGGAUGUUUCGUCUGUCACAGAAAUGGUUUUGAUGUUUGAAGAAGCAUCAGCCUUCAAUGCAGACAUAUCAUCAUGGGAUGUAUCUUCAGUUACGAAUAUGUCUGAAAUGUUCAAAGGGGCAGCAUCGUUCAAUCAAGAUUUAUCAUCGUGGGAUGUUUCUUCUGUCGCUUCCCUCAGGGUGCUCUUUCGGGAAGCAUCAUCCUUCAAUCAGAACCUUUGUGCGUGGGGUGCCCGCCUCUCCAAUACGGUUGAUACUGUCGACGCAUUUUCAGCGAACAGCUGCCCUUCACCAGGUAACCCAAACCUCUUGUCGACUCCAGCAAGUCCAUUUUACCACGGCUGUGUCUAG